AUGCAUUGGUCUGCACUUGUUGAAGCGUGUUGCAAACAGGAAGUUUACCUGCGGGGUGGUCUGCCCUUAUGCGUCAAGAUCCGGAACCUACUCAGCUGCGUCCUACCUACCUUCCUUCCGUCCUGUGUUCAAAGAAAAGAAAAGGGCGCGACAGAUCGGGUCGCAUUGCAAAGGGUACCCAGCAAUAAGAAUGACACAAGUAUGAUCAAACCAGAUCUUCGUGGCAUGUAUCCUUCCAAUGAGUCGAUCGAUGACGAAAUGUGUGACAGGUACUUGUCGAAAGACUACGAACUCGAGUGUAAGGAAGCGUGGAAUAAUCCUGAAGAGUACUGGGGUCGCGCCGGGUCGAAAUACGUGACCUGGUUCAAGCCGUGGGACAAAGUUUUGGACAACUCGAAGGAACCUUUCACUAAAUGGUUUCCAGGUGGUCAAUUGAACGUAUGCUAUAAUUGCGUUGACAAGCAUGUCGAAGAGGGACACGGCGAGCAAAUUGCCUUGAUUCACGAUUCGCCGAUCACAAAGGCGCCGACUCGUUUCUUGACCUACAAGCAGCUGUUAGAUGAGGUCUCUCGCCUAGCUGGUGUUUUCUCGACCCUGGGCGUCAAGACGGGCGACAGGGUUCUCAUUUACAUGCCCAUGAUGUCGGAAGCAGUUGCCGCGAUGUUGGCAACAGCGAGACUAGGUGCCAUUCAUUCCCUGGUUUUCGGCGGCUUCGCGGCGUCCGAACUCGCCGUCCGCAUUAAUCACGCCUUGCCCACGCUGCUGGUGACGACGAACGCUGGCUUUGAGCCCGGGAAAUCAGUGCCUUUCAAGAAACUGGUCGACAUCGGGAUCCGAAAAUCCGGUGAUGAGGGCAAAGCGAAGCUCAAACAUGUCCUGGUUCUGGAACGACCCGAGGCUGAGCCAGCUCCCAUGCAGGAUGGACGAGAUGUGUAUUGGUUGGAAGCGAUGGACAAAGCCAAGCCACACGAUUGCGUUCCUGUCGAAUCAAACAGCCCUUUGUACAUAUUAUACACCUCUGGUACAACAGGCGACCCCAAGGGCAUCCUUAGACCCUCUGGCCCGCACGCCGUCGCUUUGCCUUGGUCCAUGGACAAGAUUUUCGACGCGAAACCCGGAGAACGGUGGUGGGCCGCGUCUGACCUGGGCUGGGUCGUGGGUCACUCGUACAUCUGCUACGCGCCUCUGCUUCGUAGACUAACCUCUGUAGUUUACGAGGGUAAACCCGUAGGAACGCCGGAUGCAGGCCAGUUUUUCAGGGUGAUUCGCGAUCAUGGGGUGGAGACCUUUUUUACGGCGCCAACAGCUCUGCGAGUCAUCAGGAGAACCGACAAGAAGGCUGUGGAGGCGAAGAAAUAUAAGAUACCCAGCCUGAAGCGGAUAUUCGUGGCUGGCGAACAUUGUGACCAGAAAACGAGGCGCUGGUCUGAGGAAGUGUUUGGGGUGUCGGUGCUGGAUCACUGGUGGCAAACGGAAACCGGACAUCCGAUCACGUCCCCGUGUGUGGGUCUGGGUCACUCAUUCUAUCCCCCCGAGGAUGUUUCCGGGAUGCCGGUACCAGGGUACAAUGUGCAAGUACUGAAGAAAGACGGAUCAGCAGCUGCCCCAGGCGAUUUGGGCCGGAUUGUGAUAAAGUGCCCGCUGCCACCGGGAUGUAUGUCCACCCUGUACCGGGCGGAUGACAGGUUCCAGAGCAACUACUUCACCCAGUAUCCAGGUUACUAUGACACCAUGGACGCUGGGUUCAUUGAUCCAGACGGGUUCGUGUGCGUCAUGGCCCGGGAUGACGAUGUCAUCAACGUUGCUGGCCACCGCCUGUCCACGUCUGCAAUCGAAGAGGCCAUUCUGGGCCACACGGACGUCGUUGACUGCGCCGUUAUCAGCGUGCCGGACAAGCUGAAAGGAGAGAUUCCUGUCGGUUGUCAAAGACCCGAAGAAGCAGUGGAAGCGGAUCUUGUGAAACUUGUCCGGAAACUCGUGGGUCCUGUUGCUGCGUACCGGAUUUCGAUUCGGGUUCGGGCUCUGCCGCGAACCCGAUCCGGGAAAACAGCGCGGAAAAGCAUUGCUGAUAUUGCAAGAAACCGACAGAUCAAG